AGAAAUACGUUUAGUUCACCUAAGAUGGCGGACCUACUAACAAGUUCUUCUAAAUUGGUUGGUGUGGAAAUGGAAAAUCGCGGGCAAGAGAAUUUACCGAGCCACAACAAGGCAUUUUUGCCGGUGGAGGAAGAGGCGGGAACUCAACCGCCACACGAGGACGAAAUCAGUGAAGAAUUUGAUCCAUGGGCUUUGCCAGAACUUCAGGAUCUUGGACCAAAGUGGUCUGAACUUGACGGUCGUGGAAAAGUGAAACGAGUCGCUCUUUCCGUUGGCAAAGUACUCCUUCUUCUUGCUCUUCUCUACCUGUUCAUCUGCUCGCUGGACUUUCUCAGUAGUGCCUUCCGAUUACUGGGUGGAAAAGCGGCUGGCGAAGCAUUUGCUUCAAACAAGAUCUUGUCCAACCCCGUUGCCGGCUUGAUGAUCGGCAUCUUGGCAACCGUUCUUGUCCAGAGUUCUUCCACUACUACUUCCAUCGUCGUUUCAAUGGUCGCUGCUGGGAUUUUGCAGGUGGAACCUGCUAUUCCAAUAGUAAUGGGUGCCAACAUUGGAACGUCAGUCACCAACACCAUAGUCUCCCUGGCACAAGCUGCUGAACGAAAUGAGUUCCGUCGUGCCUUUGCUGGAGCAACUGUUCAUGACAUAUUUAACUGGCUGUCUGUGAUCAUAUUUCUGCCUUUAGAAGUCAUCACACACUACUUAUUGCAUCUAACUGGGGAGAUCAUUAAGAGACUUCCACUCACCCAAAAGAAAGGAACCAACCAAAAGUUACUGAAAGUGAUCACCGAGCCCUUUACCAAGCUUAUCAUUCAGUUAGACAAAAAGAUUAUUGAGAAGAUUGCACUUGGAGAUGAGUCAGCUGAGUCAAUGUCACUCAUCAAACACUGCAAAGAGGAGAAAACUGUAACAGUUAAUAAAACUGUGGUAAACGCUACCAUGAACAUGACCAGAUACAUGCUUGUGAAUGAGACGAUUGAAGAAGAAGUCAAAUGCAAAUUUCUCUUCAGUCGCACCCCACUUAACGACACAGAGAUUGGCAUCAUAUUGCUGGUACUCUCCAUCGGCCUGCUGUGCGUCUGCCUUGUCAGCAUUGUAAAGACCCUGCAUUCCAUGCUGCGUGGUCAAAUGGCCAAAAUCAUCAAGAAGACUGUCAAUGCUGAUUUUCCCGGACCAUUCCGACAUCUGACUGGUUACUUGGCUAUCCUAGUUGGUGCUGGAUUAACUAUGUUGGUCCAGUCCAGUUCCAUCUUCACAUCAGCACUUACACCUCUUAUUGGAGUUGGAGUGGUGUCUCUUGAAAGAGCCUUCCCAUUGACCCUGGGUGCUAAUAUUGGAACGACUGCUACAGGUGUUCUGGCUGCCCUGGCCAGUUCAUCAAAUUUGGACAAAGCUCUUCAGAUAGCCUUCUGCCAUCUGUUCUUCAACAUAUCUGGCAUCAUUGUGUGGUAUCCUAUUCCUUAUCUGCGAAAAGUACCCAUCAGUUUUGCAAAGACCCUUGGCAACAAAACUGCGGACUACCGAUGGUUUGCCAUAGCUUACCUGGUGUUUGGGUUCUUCCUGCUUCCGGCAGCUGUGUUUGGCUUGUCCUUGGCUGGUUGGCAGAUUCUCCUUGGUGUUGCAGCUCCCCUCCUGCUUCUCUUCUUGUUUAUUGUUAUCGUUAAUAUCCUUCAGAGGAAAGCCCCUGGUCAUUUACCAGAAGUGUUGCACGACUGGGAGUGGCUGCCCAAGUGGACACGAUCUUUAGAGCCCCAUGAUCGUGUAUUUACCAAAGUCACUGAGUUGAGCAAGCUUUGUCGCUCAGAUAGGGCCAAGAGGACCUCCAACUUGGAGUCCCGUGUAUAAUAGACCUCCUUAUCUCUAUUUACUUAUUUAGAAGCUCUGUGAGUUAACAAUGUGCAGUGUGUCAUUAGAGUUCUCGUAAGUUCUCAGUACCAGUUACACCCCUUCCCUCUAAAUGAUAAUCACUCCCUUUUUGUGAACCUUUAUCAAGUUGCUACAAAGUACUACUGAGAGCUGUGUGAUGUGCAUUGGCCAUGCAAUUCUCCCAAGUAAUACCAGGAAGGAGAGUAGGCAGUGUGCACAAAGAUGUCAUUUUUUGACAACCACUGUAGUAUGAUUAUACUAUAUUUGUAAUGCUACAUGUACGAUCUUUUGAGAGUGAAAUUUUUUAAUGAUAAAAGGCAAAUCAUCGGAAAAAAAAGUGACAUUUUAGUGCAAGCUGCCUAUUUUUAUUUUAACAAUCUAUAGACCAUUUGACAUACUAGGUUGUUUUUCAAACCAUUGCUCCCUUUCACCGAAAGAAUUGUGUUUCAUGUGUAUAUGAUCUUAAUGGUUUUAAAGUUUUGUACUGCUACAGGUAAUGGUUUAGUUGCAUCUUAGUUCUUUAACAGCACACUGUAAACCCUAUUUUCACCUGAGGGAAACAACAGCUACUGAGAUAGUAACAAAAUGACCUGGAUUAACAGCAAUGUUUUGACUUCAGUGCACUUACUUUGGUCCUUCGCAGUUUCCAAUUUGUUGAUAUCUUUUGGUGCAAAUGGGGUUAACAGGAUAAUGACACCCUAUGAAUUGUUAUGUAUAUUGUGUCUAAAGUUUAAUAAAACAUGCAUCUUGCUUUCUUUGUAAGGUAAGUUUGAUAUUUAUAGAUAUUAAUUUAAAGUUACAUUGUAUUAAUGUUUGUUAUGGCAAUAAACAAGUAAAUGGAUCGACUUAAA